CACACAUGACACAAGGGUCUACGCCAGUCAUUGCAUCCAUAGAAACAGCCCAGGAGGAGCUUAUGCAACAUGAUUGUGCUCUCUUUCCUCCCACUAAAGUCUUGUCAUGAUGUGGACUUCACCUUGAAGCCUCAGCAUUGAACGGUUGUGUUGUUAAGGUGCGAAGUAUGGAACCCUGCGCAGACCGUCGGUCAAUGCAACUUAAGCAACGUGCAGUCACUGAAUUCUUGACAGCAGAAGGUGUCACCCCAAAGGAGAUUCAUCAGAGAAUGCAAGCUGUUUAUGGUGAUUGUGUUGAUAAGACCUCAAGGGAAGACAGUGCAUCUUUGAGGACAACGAGGAGCAGAAGUAGAAUGAAUUCCUUCACAAAUGACAAUUCUGAGAAAACAAAAUCAUUGGAAAUGAAACUGGAUUUGGAAGGACCUCCGAAGGAGGAAACAGCUCAAAAUAAGAGCAAAGCAGUCACCGUAGUUGCUGAAUUUCAUGGGGAUGGAGAUAUUUCUGAAGCAGAAUCGAACUGUUCUUCCGUGUCAAGUGCUCAGGCGCCGUUUGUCAGAGUAACAAGGAGGAGGCAAAUUGUAAUUCCCUCUCAGUCAGAACUGCCAGCUAAAAACAGGCAAAGCAAGAAAGCUCUUCAAGGUGAAGGAAGUAGAUGUCAAAAUGAUGAUGAUGUUGGUGUAUCUGAAUCAGAAUCAUGUUCUUCCGCUGUUUCAGUAGAAAGGCGUCAACCUGUUGCAAGAAUGACUAGAAGCAGCCGUCUAGCCAAGGCUCAUGUUUCACCAGUAUGUGAAGCCCAAAAGGAAGAGGUUUCAGAUGCAGAAUCAUGGUGCUCAGGGCUUUCUGGAGAACCAGUUGUUCAUCUUAAACGGAUAACAAGGAGCAUGCAACCGAGAGUGCAAAUUGAAACACCACUGAAAAUUGAAAGAAAAAGGGAAGAUGUAGUGGCAGAAGGGAAAGUGCCUGAGCAUGUGAUGACAUCCCAGGCAGUAGUAAUGUCUGAUGAAGAACAGUCAACAAAAUCUGAUUCAGAACCAGACCAAGCGCCUCUCUCAUCUCAUCAAAUAAAGGAGCAACCCAGCCCCUCGAAAGCAAAGUACAGUUCUGCAACUGUUGACAACAGUGAUCGGAAAGAGUUGGUCUCAAGCAGCCCUAAAAAAGUGGCAAGCAAAUACAUUAAUGAGUUAUCUAAAAAAGAACAACCAAUCGAUAACAGUUAUGAAUUUGUGCGCAGUGCAGAGGUAAAAGUAAGCCGGAAACGAGAUAGAAGGAAAACAGAUACAAAACAAGUGUCUGAUGAUAUAUAUGAAAUAGCAGAAAGCCCAGAGGAAGUGUGUGAUCAAAUCUUAGAAAAAUUAGAUAUGGCAACUGAAAUCAAGUCUCCUAUAAAAUAUCAAGAAAUGUUGUCAAGUGGCCACAGAAACUCUGGUCAGUUUGAUAUGUCCCCAAGAUGGGCAUCCUCAAGAAAAAAUGAAAGCAAUGCCGAAUCUCCAAAGUUGGACACCAGGAGAAUUACCCAGAACUCUUUGCUUCAGGAAGAAGAAAUCAUAGAAAUAGACGAGCCAUGUAAAGUAGAUAGCUUGGAAAAAGGUAGUAUCUCACCACACACUAUUGAAAGCAGUGAUGAUGACUGUAGGAUUUCAGUCAUGAAUAUAGACAGUGACACAAGUCCAGAGGAGUCAGUGGCUGACUCCUCUUCAGGUGUAAACAAAACAAUGGAUCCUGAAAAUGCAUUCACUGUGUCGCUUCUUACAAGUGAUGAGAGUGAUGACUCUGAAAACAGUGAUUUAGAAGAAAUGGCUAAAGAGGAAACUACUUCUGAUAAUCAAAACACAUUGGACAGAUAUCACAGUGAAGGACUUUUUGUCAUUGAUAAAACUCCUGGGCUGGACUCCAGCAAGCCAUACUAUUUGGAAGAGAAGGAUGCGGUAGAUGAUGAACGGAGCAAGGAAUCAUCCGAAUUUGAAGACAGCGAGGAGGAGGAGUCUAUUGACAAGAAUAAGAAUCAAUUAAAUGUGAACAAUAAGUUUUUAUCGUUAUCAAGCAGAAUUGAUCCCGGCCUGGACAUCAAACAGCUUGGGGGUUUAUAUAUUAGUUUUGAUGCAGGAAAAAAGAAAUCUGGUUCUCACAGAGUCGUGCCACUAAAGGAGAAAAAGAAAGAUGAGCUUUUGCAGAAGAGUAUCAUAACUCCAGGUUUUGAAAAAAAAGAAUGUAUUCCACCUUUAAAGGAAUCUCUUCAUCAGCUAAAGAAGCAGCGUAGGGCAGAGAGAGCAAAAACAACAGGCAGUGGCUGGUUUGGUAUGAAAGCUCCAGAAAUGACUGAAGAAUUAAAAAAUGACCUUAAUGCUCUGAAGAUGAGGAAAGCCAUAGAUCCUAAACGAUUUUAUAAAAAGAAUGAUAGAGAAGGACCCCCCAAAUACUUUCAGGUGGGCACUGUGGUGGAUUCUCCAGUAGACUUCUAUCAUGCCCGAAUUCCAAAGAAAGAGAGGAAGAAGACCAUUGUAGAAGAACUUCUAGCAGAUUCUGAGUUUAGAAGGUACAAUAAAAGGAAGUACCAAGACAUCAUUGCUGAAAAGGCAGCCCUUGCAGCAGGCAAGAAACACCGAAAGAAGAAGAAAUUUCACAAAUAACUUCUGAACAAUAAUAAAUGAAUUUUCAACGUUAA